CCUCAGGUCCCCUUACCUCGCGCUCGCUUCCGAUUCUUGCCGCUGCGGUGAAAGACGAAAACCGAGAGACGGAGCUCAAGGCUGUGGGAAGAUCAAGAAGUAAUCCUCUCGCGCUAGCUUAAUCAGAGGUCAUGGCGACCAAGAAAAUAAUAGCUAUAUGUCAGUCGGGGGGAGAUUUUGUGACUAACAAGGACGGGUCGCUCUCUUACACCGGUGGCGAUGCUUACGCGAUAGACAUUGAUGAGGAGAUCCAGUUGCAGGACUUUAAGAAUGAAGUGGCUGAGAUGUUCAGCUGCAGUGUUGGUAAUAUGACCAUAAAGUACUUUCUUCCGGGUAAUAAGAAGACCCUCAUCACGAUCUCUAAAGAUAAGGACUUGCAGCGCAUGGUGAGCUUUGUCGGCGAUUCUGGCUCAGUCGAUGUGUUCAUAUUGUCUGAGGAAGCUGCCGCUCGGAACGUGUCCAACAUGCCUGCUAGUAGGUCCAGUAGAACAACUGUUUCAGAGGCAGCCCCCCCAGCCGCUCCCGCUCCCGCUCCCGUUGACGUGCCAUGUGAUAUGCUGAUGGAGACGCAUGAAGAACCUCCUCUGAAGAGCAUUCCUCCAAGUUCCAGUGACGAGAAGAAUCGCAAGGCUGCGCUGCAGUGGGAAAACACAAUAACGGGAGUCGACCAAAGAUUUAAUAGCUUCCAUGAAUUCAAGGAAGCCCUGCACAAGUACUCGAUUGCCCGUGGUUUUGCUUACAGAUACAAGAAGAAUGACAGUCACAGAGUAAGCGUUAAGUGCAAGUCCCAAGGCUGCCCAUGGAGGAUUUAUGCAUCGAGAUUGUCCACCACUCAGCUGAUAUGUAUUAAAAAAAUGAAUGAGAAUCAUACUUGCGAAGGAGGUAAUGUGAAGGCUGGGUACCGAGCGACUAGGGGCUGGGUGGGGAAUAUUAUAAAGGAGAAGCUGAAGGAAUCUCCAAAUUAUAAGCCGAAAGAUAUAGCUGCGGACAUUCGGAAGGAGUACGGGAUUCAACUGAACUAUUCACAAGCAUGGAGGGCAAAAGAAAUUGCAAGGGAGCAGCUUCAAGGGUCGUAUAAAGAUUCUUAUAAGCUGUUACCAUUUUUCUGUGAGAGAAUUAAGGAGACCAAUCCAGGAAGCUUUGCUACCUUCAGCACGAAGGAAGACUUGAGCUUUCACCGUCUCUUUGUCUCAUUCCAUGCCUGUAUUUCGGGUUUCGAACAGGGCUGCCGUCCGCUUCUGUUCCUUGAUAGUGUUCCACUGCUCUCAAAGUACCAGGGAGUUCUUCUUGCGGCAGUUUCUGUGGAUGGGAAUGAUGGGAUCUUUCCAGUAGCAUUUGCAAUAGUCGAUGAGGAGACUGAGGAGAAUUGGCACUGGUUUCUUCAGGAGCUCAAGUCUGCACUCUCAAACACUCAGCAGAUAACAUUCAUUGCUGAUUUUCAAUAUGGGCUGAAGAAAUCUCUGCCUGAAGUAUUUGAGAACUGCUACCACAGCUACUGUUUACGCCAGUUAGCUGAGAAGCUCAACAAGGACUUAAAGGGGCAGUUCUCACAUGAAGCGAGGAGGUUCAUGAUUAAUGAUUUCUAUGCUGCAGCUCAUGCCCCUAAGCUGGAGGGCUUUCAGCGGGCACUUGAGAACAUUAAGAAUAUUUCAGCUGAAGCUUAUGAUUGGGUAAUACAGAGUGAACCGGAGCACUGGGCAAGUGUGUUCUUCCCUGGGGCAAGGUAUAAUUUCAUGCAAUCGAACUACGGGCAGGACUUCUACUGCUGGGUUGGAGAGGUCCAGGAGCUUCCAAUUACCCAGAUCAUCGACUCACUCCGAGGAAAGAUGAUGGAGGCGAUUUACAAUUGGAGAGUGGAAUCGAACCAGUGGGUCUCAAAGCUAACGCCCUCGAAGGAGGAGAAGCUCCAGAAGGAGGCCAUGGAGGCUCAGUCCCUUAGCGUUCUGAUCUCUCACGGGAGCACCUUCGAGGUUCGAGGAGAGUCCAUCGAGAUUGUCGACGUCGAGGCUUGGGAUUGUAGCUGCAAAGGUUGGCGGAUCACGGGCUUGCCGUGCUCCCAUGCGAUCGCGGUCUUUGACGGGAUUGACCGGAGCCCUUACGAUUAUUGCUCAAGGUACUUCACAGUAGAGAGUUACAGAGCUACCUAUGCCGAGUCAAUCAAUCCUGUCCCGAACGUGGAGCCGCCACCCACGGGCGAUUCGGGGGAGUUGCCAAUUAUAACGGUAACUCCGCCGCCCAUGAGACGGCCACCAGGCCGGCCCAAGGUGAAGUCGGCCGAUCCGCUGGACUCAAUCAAGCGGCAGCUACAGUGCAGCAAGUGCAAAGGCCUGGGCCACAACAAGAAGACCUGUAAAGCCUCCUAAGUCCAUAUGAACAUGUCUAGUGCAGGGUAGAGGACAGAGGUGCGGGCCGAAUGAAAUUGUGUUUGUGAGGAGGCUCAGAGGACGACCGCAGCGAGCUAUUCAUGUCGGGUCUGCAAUUCAUUCCAAGUGUAAUUACCGUGUGGCUUCUGGACCUAAAUUUAGAGCAUGCUUGUAAUUGUAGGUUCUAGUUAGCUAAGUCAUUCAGAUCUUUUGCCCCUCUUUUGUUUGGUCGGUAGAUUUAGAUUAGUCACGCGGAUAUGCACUUUCGGAGUUAGUGACAACUGCUCGAUUUUUCUAAUACAUGAGUUAUGCAGAAAUUCUUGCUUUGAUCGAAAA